UGGACGUCUGUGUAUAAUAUUUCGGCAUCGGCGAUUUAUUAAAAUAUUUCAUCUAUAAUGUGUAUUUAUUUAGUCUACAACUUAUUUUUUUAACUUUUUGUGAAAUAGAAAAUGGUAACGAUUGUUGACGAUUUGGAUUCAUUAUCUUUGAACGAGCAAAUAUUUAAAGAUGUUAAAUAUUACUUGUCUGGCGAUGUGUCCGAAAGGAUUAUGCUGCUUCUCCAGUCGGGCGGCGCUGAGAACACAAAAUACUUUUCUGACUAUGUCACGCAUCUAAUUUGUGGUCAGAAUGCCGCUGAUACGGACCUCGAUGAUGCACAGGACAUCUAUCAAAUCCCUGCUGUGACUGAAAACUGGGUCCUCGCUUGCAUUCGGUUGAAGAAAUUAGCCAACCACAAGCCAUACAAUCCAAUAAGAAAUAAGAUUUUUUCAAAUGUUGUUGCUUGUGUGUCUAAAGUGAGUGCAGCUGACUGUAAGGCGUUAUUCGCUCUAAUUACAUAUCAUGGUGGAAAAGUAAAAUUGCAAUUAGACAGUCAGUGCUCACACCUGAUUUGUGGUUCAGCAUCUGGGAAGAAAUAUCAAACAGCUCUUACAUUUUCUAGUUCGAAAAUUAAAAUAGUGACACCCGAUUGGGUGCUGGAGAGUUUAAGAGCUAGGAUACAAGCCGUAGCUGAAGUGUUUCAUCCAAAAUUGCUUAUCAUACCACAGCCUCCUCCAAAGCCAAUGGAUCGAAUCAGUGCCAUUACUGGAUUUGAUUUUGAAGAAGGUAUAGCAAAAAACGAAGUUCCAACCCAGAAUAUGGCAGAAAACAAAGAUGAUAGCACACAAGCUCUGCUAGAUAAACUGAAACAGAGAAUGCCCUGGAAUCAUCCUCCAUCAACUGCAAACUCAUCGUCUAUAGCAACUUCUACUGUUAACUCAUUAGGCUAUACAAGUACUACAUUGCCUACAUCUAGUAUUAUGAGUAAAACAAUACCUCAGGGCAUUGUCACACAAAAUUUACAAAUACAACAGCCAAGUAGUCAGCCAAAUGCACAAUUAAUGCAAAAGUUUGGACAGAAUACAAUUGUCUCACAAUCUCCUAUUAAUGUGCAGAGCCAACAGAUAAGCUUACAGCAACAACAACCACAGUAUAGCCAGGGCCAACAACAGCCUCAACAGCAGCAGCCGCAUGGUUUAACUGCUAUUCAAAUCCAACAGCAGAAAAUGCUUCAACAACAUCAACUUAAAAUGCAAAUGUUGCAACAACACCAACAACAGAAUAAAAUUGGUAACCAGCCGAGCCAACAGGGAUUUCCACAGCCCAAUGUCUCUGUGUCUCAAAUUAACCAGGGCUUGUCUGGACAAAUUCAACAUAUACAGGGCACCCAACAUCAUAUUCAGCAGAAUGUACAGACUCCUAAUACAUCCAUGAGUUCAGCUCAACAACAAAUUGAAAAUAUAAGCCAAAUGCUUAGUCAAAGUGCUAAUAGUAUUCAACAACAACAGUUAAAUCAGCAGAAUUUAGCCAUGAAACAGAACUUAAGCUUAAGUCAGCAAACUGCAUCACAAGCAGUUCAGAAUAUUGCACAACAGUUGGCACAAUCAACUCAAAGUUUCCAAAAUGCAAAGCUGAAUCAAAAUAUGGCACAAGGUCAAGUGAUCACGCAACAAUUGAUAGGGUCUGGACAACAACUGUCAAAUCAAAAUCCAAACUUGAUACAACAACAGACAGUCCAAUCCCUAACUAACCAACAACAAAAUAUAAAUAUGGGUGUUGUGAAUCAACAAGGACAUGUCACAUCAUCUCAGGGUCAGCAAGGACAAAGUGUACAACUCAAUCAACUUGUAGGUAAUUCUGGACAACAAACUGUUAUUGGACAACAAAUACAAUCUGUCCAACAAACCAUUCAGGGCCAGCAGAGUACUAAUGUGCCAGUGCAAGGAACAUGGCGACAACAAAACAUACAGAUGGUUCAAAAUAUCCAAGGCCAACAUCAAAUUAUCAGAAGUCCAAUGGUACAGUCUCGGAAUCCACAAAACCAAGUUAUACUUCAACAGCAAAUCAUGCAAACUCAGCAGCAAGCCUUGAUUAACAAUCAGCAACCGCAGUUGAGUCCACAGCAUACUAUCCAACAAACUUCUCAACAAAUUCUCCAACAAUCUAUUGGGUCGCAGGGUCAACCUAUAGGUCAAACUCAUCAUCAAAUAUUGGUUCAAAAGCAACAGUUACUAAAUAGUUCAGGACAACAACAAAUAGUUCAAGCUCCUCAGCAGGUGUUAAUAAAUCAACACACAGGCCAACAGCAAAUAUUGGUACAUGGUAACCAACAGGUGACUUUGCAAAGUGGUCAACAAAUUGUAUCUCAAAGUCAAAUAGUUCACCAAGGAGGUCAAAUUGUAAACCAAGGUGGACAGCAAAUCAUUACUCAGGGCAACCAGCAGGUAUUGUCACAAGGAGGCCAACAUGUUAUCACACAGCAGGGCCAACAGCAUCAAGUUGUAAUAGCUCAAUCAUCCCAGCAAAUUGUGACUCAAUCAGGGCAACAGAUAAUUGGCCAACAAGUUGGGCAAACACAGCAAGUUUUGUCUCAGCUCCCCCAGUCUCCUCAGGCUGGGUCACAGUUGACAUCUGGUGGUGGCAUUCAGCAAAUUAUCACCCAUGGUGGUGGUCAACAGAUAGUGUCUCCUGGAGGCCAGCAGAUAGUGCAGGGUGGGCAAAAUGUUUCAUGGCAACAGCAACAAUAUUUGCAACAGAGACAACAAAUUGCACAGCCGGGUGGUGUUGGGCCUAGGGUGUCAUGGACGGCGGGCGGCGGAGGCAGACAACUAAUUCACCUGGAUGCGCAAACUCACGCACAGCUACAACAGAUGGACCCUAAACAACGAGCUAUGUUCGUCGCACAACUGCAGAAAAGGCGUCAGCUCAGUAUGCAGCGUGCAGCGGCGCUGGCACAACAACAGCAGCCAGGUGUAGUGACAGGCUCUCCGGGUGCUCCGACGCCGGCUGGGGCUCCUCAGAGUGUCACCUUCAUACGCAGUCAGCUGCCCGCAGGCCUCACACAGCAACAACAGGUACAAUGGCUACAGCAGCAAGGAGCUCGAGCGGCUACGAUACCGGCACCGGCGCCUGCGCAACCACCACAGUCACCUGUGGGCGGAGCUCCCGUGGCUAGUCCGGUGGGCGCGGGAGGUGCGGUGCAAGCAGCUGGUGCAGGCGGCGCCGCCAUAGACUCGCAGGUGCAGCAGUUGCAGUUGCACCGACAGAACCAGUAUCGACUGCAACAGUUGCAGGCGCAAAGGGAUCUAUUCGCGCAGCGCGAACACAUCGCGCAUCAUCACGCCGCGGUGAAGCAGGUCCAGGUGGGUGUAGGAGUCGGCGUAGCGCCGCAGUUAGUGGCGGCCGUACUUCCCGAAGCCGCACAGGAAUCCGCUGGUGAAUUACACCAAGGAGCAAACAGCGCGUUGGUGGUUAAUCCGAAGACGAAAACAGCUCUUGCGAAUAUGUUGAAUAUUCGUCUUCAGGGCGGCACUCCUGCGCAGGAGCACGAACCUUCCGCAGCUGGCACUCUCAGGCUGAUGACUGCCGCCCACGCCGUGAGAGCACCGGCGAGACUGCUGCUCGGUCCUCAACAUCAUCCUCAUCAACAGGCGGGCGGCGUGAGCACAGGCGGGCCUGUGGGCGUGGGGGCCGGCGUGGUCGGCAACAAGGUGUACGCGGGCGCCGUCCGCCCGCCGCCGCCGCGAGCGCAGUUCUACGGCCACAAUCCUAAUCUCAAACUACCGCCAGACCUCUUCUUGCUUGGAUGCGUCUUUCAUAUCGUGGAGUACCAGCAGUCAUGGGGCGCGGAGCGCGUGUCGCGGUGGGCCGACGCCAUCCUGCGGCGCGGCGGCGAGGUCGAGGGCAGCUACUGCGCGCGCGUCACGCACGUGCUCUGCGAGACCCAGAAGCAUGGCGUCGUCAUGCAGGCGCUGCGCGACGCGAAGCGGUGCGUGACUGCGUACUGGCUGUCGGACGCGAUGGUGCGGCGCAAUGUGGCGCCGCCGUGGCAGGCGCUGCACCUGCCCGCCAUGUACGGCGCGCGCGAGCGGCCCGCGCGACACCACCGCGCCGCGCUCUCCGGCUGGCGCGGCGACGACCGCGUGCGGCUCGCCUGCUGCGUGCGGCACGUGGGCGCGCAGCUGACGCCGUACCUGACGCGCGACAACACGGUGGUGGUGUGUCGCCGCGCGGAGGGCGCCAAGUACCGGCGCGCGCGCGAGUGGGGCGUGCCCGUGGUCACGGCCGCCUGGCUCACCGACCUGCUGCUCGGGAACAUGAGCGCGCUGCCACAGAUCGAAAAUGCCAGAUAUCAACAAUUCAACUUGUCCAGUCCAUUCAGAAUGGACUACAGCUUGGUGUCACAUUUAAUGAACGGCUGGAAAAUGCCAAUCAACAUAACGCAAGAGUCAAACGAGCGCGCGAAGCGAAGCGCUGCUGCGGCCGGACUCGCCCCGCGCCGCGCCAAGAAGCCGCGACUGGAGCCCCCGCCCGCGCCCCCCGCGCCCCCCGCCUCGCCCGCCGUGGCCGGCGCCGCGCCGCCGCCGCUGCAGCUGGCGCCGCGCGUGCUGUUCUCCGCGGUGAGCGCCGCCGACCACGAGCGGCUGGCGACCAUAGUCAGACAACUCGGCGGUUCCGUAGUCACAUCACCAACCGAAGCCACCCAUUUAGUUAUGGAGAAACUCGUUCGGACUUGCAAAUUAGUGAGCUGUCUCGUCACCGUCAAGCAUCUGAUAUCUACCGAAUGGGUCCUAGAGAGUCAGAGGAUAAACAAAUUCGCCGACGAAGCUAAACACGAGUUGAGAGACGAAGCAUUCAACAAGAUGUUCAAAUGCGACAUUUCUGAAGUGUUACUUUGUGGUGAACAAAGGAAAAGACUCCUCGAAGGUGUUACGUUCUUCUUAACGCCAUGUGUGAAGCCCUCGAGAGCAGCGCUGAUAGAAAUGAUCGAGCUCUGCGGAGGCAAAGUUGAAAAGAACCGGCGUUCCUAUGUCUCUAUUCAAGAGAUGCACAAUCAAAAACCCUUCAGUUAUCUAGUUCUCACUGUGCCAAAUGACUUGCAUCUAGUGUAUUACCUGCUCCAAUCAGAGAAGACGUUAAACGUAGUGUGCAGCACAGAAGUCGUGCUAUCUGCUAUAAUGAGACAAAAACUGGAAGUCGAAGACUUUUUGGUUAAAAUAGAUUAGAUAUAUAGUACCAUAGUGUUCUAUUUUCCAUGUUAUGAACGUUUUAUUUACAUUGAAGUUAGUUUUACUGUCAGAACAAAUAAUGUAUUAUUUCAAUUGUUCUUGAACACAAGCAAGACAAUACUGCAAUCAUAAAAUGUGAGGACCAUUCAAUGCCUUUCCUUGAAUCAUGUAUUAAAAAGUGCCUAACUAGGUAGUCGGAAAUUGAAUGUUGAAUAACAGUUAUAUGGAUAAUAUCUAUUCAUUUUAAAUGCGGUAGGAAAAGGCAAUUAUUUUUUUACUCAAACCAUUUCACGUGUCAGUCCGGAUGGAUUCUCAAUUUCCACUGGGAUUCUAGUACAUAGUAGCUUAUCUCAUGUACAAAUUAUAUUUAUUCAAUCUCAUUCCCUUGUAGUAUUCCCUAAGAUAGUUCAUUGAUGUGACUUAUACUAAAUAAGAGGUCGUACCUCAAGAUCUUUUUAAUGCAUUUAAGAGUAAAGUCCACAGGGCUAAUUGUAUUUUACCUUUUUAACUUUUCUUUUCGAAUCGGUCAGUUUUUCACGACCAU